AUGCCAGACCUACGAAAGCAAGGAUGGGGAAUUUUUUUCCUGUACGCAGCUUACAGCUCUCCUGGCACCAAGAACAGCCGUGCUCCUGUGCCAUUUCCACUAUACCUUGCCAGAGAGCAUGGUGUUUUGCACGCCCAACACAUCAAAAAGAUUGUGGGUGGGCUUGAGUCGGACAACGCAGGAGCGGUGGUUUACAUUGACAACGAGCAGGGAAAGGAGAUGGUGCCAACCUUGGUACCGUAUCUUGAGGAACUCUUCCGAGAGAUGGCACGGCCUGGCCCCGACAACCUUGCUCCCGUGAGGCCGGGUUUCUACAAUUGGGAAAUCGGGUGUAGUCAGAUGGCCACUAGCACGCCGGACCUACUCACCUGGGCAAUAAACAUCGAACCUCGAUUCGAUCAGCAAUACAAAAUCGUCAACGGGAAAUUCAUAUCCGAGCCGGAACUCUACCCGCUCCACACCUCUACACAUAAGAAGUUCGCUACACAAAUGCCUGUAGGCCGACAGGGCGUCCUGGUCAAUUACGUCCCAACUGAGGUCCCCAGGAACAUGAAGAAGUUUCCGACAGUGGCUGACUGGAACAUGGACUACAGCUUCGUCAGAGACCCACGGUAUCCCGAAGCGAAUCCGUGGUUCACAUUGUCAGGUUCGACGAAGCUGCGAGGAGACUAUAAUAAAGAUUCAUUGAGCAUGGAGAUCAAAGCUUUUGAUGCUCCGAAGUCUACAGUGAUUGAAGGAACAGUCAUCGAGCCAGAAGCUCCCAUUGUGUUGUCUUCUCCCAAUCGGGCCUUCUCACUCGACGUGAGUGGAAAUGUGGUUUCUGCGAGCAAGCCAACCAAUGGCUCUGAGUGGUCUGCUUGGGUGUCUCUUAACCUCCCGAACCCCAAGCCGGUCCUGCGACGUCUACGCGCUUUGGCAGCCAUCUCUCCGAGCCAAGGCGAAACUCUUGUGUAUUAUGUCUCCAAGAAUAAUCAAUUGUGCGGCCGGCGCAAAACGCAGACUGCGGACUGGACCGCUCCGGCCGUUCUCGCAGGCGAUACUCUUGUGCACUAUUUCAGCAACAUCAUCACCGUCGCGACCAAGAAAGAAGGCGUCCUCGUCCUCUUCAUCGACUCGCACGUACAAUUGCACAUGGUGCGCUCGCUGGCUACACCGACCGACUGGCCUGGCGCCCUGCACAUGCUUAUUGGAGAGAAGACAGAUAAGUUGCUCCCAGGUACCGGUCUUGCAGCUGCCAUCCUGGCUUCCGGACAGGGGAUCGUUCUUGCCAUUGGUCGCGACCUCCGUCUAUACUUCUGCAACUUCACCGGCGUCAGCCAAUGGACGGAGCCAGCUCCCCUGGGCGAAGAAGACCAGAAGCUGUGCAGCCACUCUCGCUUAGCUGCCGCUGCCGUGGAGCCCGACACAGUGCAGGUCGCGGCAAUCACGAACCUCGGUCUGGCGUGUGUGUACAAGCUGAAAGCAUCCGGAUCGAGCUGGUCUCUGCUCGGUGGUCGACAGCCGUACCCCAGAGUGCCUCCUCAGGACGUGCCGGAUGGAUAUACGGGUGAGAGCGGGACGAAGACGGUUGCUGAUGCGACACACUGGAGUAUCAAUCCUUACGGUGAUAUACAUCUUGGGAUGGAGACGGAAGGCAUGACGCUCACUUGUGCGGGAACGUUUCCUGGUAAGUCGGCGAUUUUGCAGCGGCGGAUUAACAGGCUUGGUGAUCGGUGGUAUCGAUUGCCAUAG